UUCAUACCCCCUUCUGACCCGCUUCCAUGUCUGCAUCAAAUCUACCCGCUUUCUCUUCAUUCCUCCACCGUCCCUUUAUUUUUUUCCUCUCCCUUUUCAAUUCUCAAACUCGUUUUGUAGCUUAUAUAAUCCACAAUGUUGCUUGUUUCUCCACACACCCAUUUGCUCUGUUUCUGAGAUUUGAGUUUUUUUCCAUUUCUUGACUUUCGGUUCCUCAUUAAAUCCUCCCCUCAAUCACCUUUCAUUCUCUCCAACCCAUUGAAUCAUGUAACUGAUUUGCCAUUUCUAAGUUUUCAUUCGAGUUCUCAGAACCCCCUUUGUUCAAUCGCAAUGCCAUUGAAGAUCCCCAGAAGUUGAAGUUCAUUCAUUGUGAAAUACUUGUCCUCUUCUUCUUCUUCUUCUUCCUUUGUUACUUACAGAGAGUUUUUGAAGUAAAGAAAGAAGACCCAUAUUGAAGUUAUGGAGGAAACUUUUGUUCCUCUUCGUGGAAUCAAGAAUGACCUGAAAGGCAGAUUAGUGUGCUAUACACAGGACUGGACUGGUGGAUUGAGAGCUGGUUAUAGGAUUUUGGCUCCCACCACUUACAUAUUUUUUGCCUCUGCCAUUCCUGUCAUUUCAUUUGGAGAACAAUUGGAGAGAAGUACUGAUGGGGUGCUGACAGCAGUUCAAACCUUAGCUUCCACAGCUCUUUGUGGGAUCAUACACUCCAUUGUUGGAGGUCAACCUUUGCUCAUAUUAGGAGUUGCUGAGCCUACCGUCAUUAUGUACACCUUCAUGUUUAAUUUUGCAAAGGAACGACCCGAGUUGGGACGGAAUCUGUUUCUAGCAUGGAGUGGAUGGGUGUGUGUUUGGACUGCAGCCUUGCUGUUCUUGAUGGCUAUAUUGGGAGCUUGCUCCAUCAUCAAUAGGUUCACACGUCUGGCCGGUGAAUUGUUUGGUUUGCUCAUCGCAAUGCUUUUUAUGCAGCAAGCGAUCAAAGGACUUGUGGAUGAGUUUCGCAUCCCGGAACGAGAGAAUCCGAAGUUGAUUGAGUUUAUACCUUCUUGGAGGUUUGCCAAUGGGAUGUUUGCUUUGGUACUGUCAUUUGGCCUUCUACUCACUGCCUUACGGAGUCGAAAAGCACGGUCAUGGCGAUAUGGAUCUGGUUGGCUCAGAAGCUUGAUUGCAGACUAUGGAGUCCCGCUCAUGGUUCUUGUCUGGACAGGUAUUUCGUAUAUACCUUCACAAAGUGUCCCACAUGGUAUCCCAAGGCGACUCUUCAGCCCGAACCCAUGGUCUCCCGGUGCAUACGAAAAUUGGACUGUUGUUAAGGAUAUGCUUGAUGUUCCAGUUCUUUAUAUCUGUGGAGCUUUCAUCCCGGCCACGAUGAUUGCAGUGCUCUACUAUUUCGACCACAGCGUUGCAUCUCAACUUGCUCAGCAGAAAGAGUUCAAUUUGAGGAAACCAUCUUCAUACCAUUAUGAUUUACUUCUAUUGGGAUUCUUGACCUUAUUAUGUGGUCUUCUUGGAAUCCCUCCAUCUAAUGGAGUCAUCCCACAAUCUCCAAUGCAUACAAAGAGCCUAGCAACUCUCAAGCACCAGUUGUUACGGAAUAAACUUGUCGAAACGGCACGGAGUAGUAUGAGAAAGAAUGCUAGCUUGGGACAGUUGUAUGGAAAUAUGCAAGAAGCUUAUCAACAAAUGCAGACCCCCCUUAUCUACCAACAGCCCUCAGUUCGUGGACUGAAUGAGCUAAAAGAAACAACCAUUCAAGCAGCUUCGAGUAUGGGCAGUUUCGAUGCUCCAGUCGACGAGACAAUAUUUGACAUCGAGAAGGAAAUUGAUGAUCUCUUGCCUGUUGAGGUGAAAGAACAGCGUGUCAGUAAUCUGCUUCAAGCUGCGAUGGUGGGGGGAUGCGUUGCAGCCAUGCCGGUCCUGAAGAAGAUCCCGACCUCGGUUCUGUGGGGUUACUUCGCAUUCAUGGCAAUCGAAAGCUUGCCUGGUAACCAGUUUUGGGAAAGAAUCUUGUUGCUCUUUACUGCACCCAGCAGAAGAUACAAAGUUCUUGAGGAUUACCACGCAACUUUCGUCGAAACCGUGCCGUUUAAGUCGAUUGCACUAUUUACCAUUUUCCAAACUGUAUACUUGUUCAUAUGUUUUGGACUAACAUGGGUUCCGAUUGCCGGGGUCAUGUUUCCUCUGAUGAUCAUGCUCCUCGUCCCAGUAAGACAGUACCUUCUUCCCAAGUUUUUCAAAGGUGCACAUCUUCAAGAUCUCGAUGCUGCUGAGUAUGAAGAAGCACCGGCUUUACCAUUCAAUCUCGCAAUGGAAGCCGAGCUGGGUUCUGGAGCCUCUUUCGGUGGAGACGGGGAGAUUUUAGAUGAGGUUAUCACCCGAAGCCGUGGCGAGUUUAGGCAUAUUAGCAGUCCUAAGAUCACAAGCUCCACAGCAACCCCAACAGGUGACCGAAAGAGUUUAGACAGCCUUCGCUCUUUCAGCCCUCGGUUGAGCGAGCUAAGAGGAGAGCACAGUCCUCGAGCAGGCGGACGAGGGACACCGGGACAGAGAAGUGCAGAAGCUAAACCAUCCAGUCUGGGAAAGAGCCCUCUUAAUAACACAGCAUCAAAGUAGAUGCAGAAAGAAUCUUGUAGACUUCUUCAUGUGAUAAGAAAGUUUUAGAUAAGUUCGAUGAUAUGUUAUUAUUAAUUUGUAACUCAAGUUUUUUUUUUUUGGUUCCUUUCUAGCAUCUUUGUAUAGUCUUAUUUCUUCUGCUCUUGGUUCUUCUCUCUCCAAGAACAGAUUUCUUCAUAAGAGUUUAUUGUUUUCUCUAAGAUCUGUAGUAAAGGAAGUCAUUUUCAAGUGUGUUUUUGUUAGAUAUGAAUAUGAAUUUGUUGGAAGUUUGUAAGUGGAAUCAAAACUCUCUCUCAACACUA